CUUGUUGAAAGCUCAACUCGCCUCUGGGUAUUGAGUAGAACUCUUCCAUAUUCAAUACCGUACCUUCCAUCACCGAUCGCCUACCAUCACAAGCGUUAUGGCAACACCGCAACCUGUCGACAAUGUCCUCGACGCAAUCGGAAACACGCCGUGUGUCCGUUUGCGGCGUGUCGUUCCAGAGGGACACGCCCAAGUGUUUUUGAAGCUCGAAUCUCUCAACCCAACAGGGUCUUACAAAGACCGUAUGGCGAGGUCCAUGAUCGAAGAGGCGGAAAGUAGAGGAGAUCUGCGCCCGGGAAUGACUGUUGUGGAGGCAACCGGAGGGAGUACCGGCUCGUCACUGGCGUUUGUCUGCGCGGUCAAGGGCUACAAGUUUCAAGUGAUCUCUUCUAACGCCUUUGCACCUGAAAAACUGCGAACAAUGUCAGUGUUCGGUUCAAGUGUCGAAUUGGUCCACAGCCCUUCAGGAAAGAUCACAGCAGAUCUGAUUCCUUCAAUGAGAGACCGUGCCAAGGCGGUAUCGAAUAAUGGAUCUUGCUAUCUAACGGACCAGUUCAACAACCGGGACGUUCUUGUUGGCUACGAGGGCCUUGGUCGCGAAUUGGUUCAUCAAUUCCCGAACGGAAUCGACGCCUUCUGCGGUGCAGUGGGUGGAGCCGGCAUGAUGAUGGGUGUGUCAAGAGUCUUGAAGACUAAAUGGCCGCAAACCAAGGUGGUCAUUCUCGAACCGGCGUCUGCUCCAGUCAUUACAGAGGGUCGAGGUGGGACGCAUGGCGUCGAGGGAAUCGGGAUAGGAUUUGUGCCGCCGCUCCUUGACAAGGAACUAUACGAUGAAGCCCGAGCGAUCCCAGAAGACGAAGCUCGUGACAUGUGCCGGAGGCUUGCAGCAGAGGAAGGACUUUUGGUGGGCACUUCUACUGGCAUGAAUGUUGUCGCUGCUCUUGCGCUUGCAAAACAGUGUGGACCUGGGAAGACAGUGGUCACUGUCGCAUGCGACACGGGGCUGAAAUAUAUGAACGGAAUUUUGUUUAGUGGCAGCUAGGAUAAUGUUGGGCAUUAUUCUAGAAUAGUUAAUUAAGCAAAUGAAUAAAUAUCAUAGGGAGGUGCAGAUACCGAAAAUUGAUAAACAUUAUACGG